AUGAUGCUGCCAACCUCUCUUGUCCUCAUCUUAGCUGCCCCUAUCCUGGCAUGUGAUGUUCCUACAAGCCCACUCUCGAACAAUAUUACCGCGGGGUUCUCAAUUCAGAUACAGAAUGCGUCGUUUCCAGACAUCCAUAACCAUUUCAUGAAUAUCUGGGACUGGGGUGGCGGUGACCAACAUCUUUUCGUUAGUCCCGCCGGGAAUUCCACAAACCAGCUCACACUUGUCGACGGUGUGAUCACUCUGCCGUGGGAUCCGCCACGCCGCGCGGUUAUCAACGGGGAGUAUGAGGUGAAAGAUAACACGACCAAGAUGUUCAUGACAGAACGUGGAGAUCCGCGUGCUAUUUAUGAUGUCGUGUACGGGUGCAAUCCUGAUACAGAUGCUUUGCAAACCGAACUGUCCUUCAAGUCUCGUGGAGAUAUAGAAAUGGGAGGAAAUAUCGGCGUUCGCCCGUUUAAUGGCAUGUAUGACUUUCGAUGGACGCCAGCAGGAAAUACCGGUCAUUGCGUCCUUACCAGGGUUAUUCACGCUGACAGUGUAUUCAGCCUAUGA